AGUAACUCUGUGGAAAAUACGAUCGACUGGCAUCAUCUCCAACAUCAACAUUCAUCAUCCUCUCCAGUGGUGUUUUUAUCGCAGAAGGACUUGGAUAAUCUGCAAAAAUGAAAUUGGCCAUCCUGUGCCUCUGUCUGGCUAGCACAAUCUCAGCUGCACCUUCCUUCUUUCAUUACCUGCCUCAUUACGCAGGUUCCAGGCAACAGGUACCACCUGCACAGGUGAAAAAUCCCUUCCCAGCUGGACAGUCUCUGCCACAACUUGAAAUACCUGGCGCUUACAGUGUGGAACUAAUUUAUCCCCACAGGUUUGCUGGUGCAGGUGGCUCAAACCCUGCACAGCCCUUUCCCUCCCAUGGUUUCAUCAAAUACUCCAUUCCUCAGCCACCAGGCAGACAGAGUGUGGAAGUCUACUACCCCUAUGACUUCUCCCAGCAAAGGAUAAUGACAAACAUCCCUCCUAUGGCAAACAUCCCUCACUUUCCAAAUGCGCUUCCAUUUGAAUAUCCCCCUCAAAAUAUUCCCCAGCAAAUCCCAAAUAUUCCCUCAUUUGAUACCAAUCUUCCCUCCCAGGAUCCCUUGCAACCUCUCCAGCAGGACCAGCCCACACAGACAAGCCAGAUCCCGGCAAAGAUGUGAAAUGGAUGUGAGGCACGAAAAGGAGGCGAAACAAUUUCUUCCUCAUUAACAUUCAGACAUCUACAACGGAACAAAUGACGUUAAAUGAUUCGGACUGAAUCUGUUUCGUGAAUGCGCUUACUAAAGUUAGAACAAAAUGCUAAGAAGAUCAGAAAAUAACCACUUUUUUACUAAGAAUACUGUUGCAAUAGUAAACUAGUAAAUUGUGACACGGUCAUAAACAUUUCUGCUUUACUUUAUAGUCUUCAUAGAAUUUAAAUAUAAUUGUGUUAAUGAAGCACUUUGUAAUGCUGCAUUUCCACAGUAUAUCACAAAUGUGCUGCAUAUGUUUAUCAACUAAUUUGAACUUAUCCUUCUUUUUCUGUCAUUUUCCUUAAGAAAUAAAGUCUACGUUUUCAAGCAA